AUGAGCCUGCUACACAGUGACAGCAGCUGUGGAGCCUGGGACGGGGAGAGCGGCUGCUGCGCAGCCAUGGCCAGUGCCUGCAGUGCUGGGGCCAAGGAGGACAGUGUCAGCGUCGGCAGCGGGGCCGGGAACCCUCCGAGCUCUUUCACAGAGGAAACGCAAGGGUAUGAUGUGGAGUUUGAUCCGCCCUUGGAAAGCAAAUACGAGUGCCCCAUCUGUUUGAUGGCUCUUCGGGAAGCUGUGCAGACGCCGUGCGGACACCGCUUCUGCAAAGGCUGCAUCGUCAAAUCAAUCAGGGAUGCUGGUCACAAAUGUCCAGUAGACAAUGAAAUUCUGCUUGAAAAUCAGCUAUUUCCUGACAACUUUGCUAAACGAGAAAUCCUCUCGUUAACGGUGAGGUGUCCCAACAAGGGCUGCUGUAUGAAGAUGGAAUUGAGGCAUUUAGAGGAGCACCAGCUGCAGUGUGACUUCUCCACCAUGGAGUGCCCGCAGUGCCAAGGAUCCUUCCAGAAGAACCAUGUCAAAGAGCACAUGACGCAGGAGUGCCCGAGACGUCAGGUCUGCUGUCCAAACUGUGCCACGUCCCUUGCUUACGAGGAUAAAGAGCUGCACGACCAAACGUGUCCGCUAGCCAAUGUGUUCUGUGAAUACUGCAAUACAGUCCUCAUCAGGGAGCAGAUGCCCAACCACUAUGCCAACGACUGCCCUACAGCACCUAUACCCUGUUUCUACAGUGCCUUUGGGUGCCCAGAGAAGAUGCAGAGGAAUGAACAGGCGCGACACAUGCAAGAGUUCACACAGGUUCACAUGAGAAUGAUGGCUCAAAGUUUUCAAAACAUCAGCGCUACGGCUGCAAAUCCCAUACCCUUUAUCAAUGGCCUCCCCUUUGAGCCUACUGUCUUCUCCCAUGUCUCUCACGCCCCAUACAAUUGCAACCCAGAAGUCGAAAACUUCAAAGAAACUAUUCAGCAGCUGGAAGGUCGCCUGGUGAGGCAAGAUCACCAAAUCAGAGAGCUGAUCGCUAAAAUGGAGACUCAGAAUACUCACGUGGCGGAGCUCAAACGCACCAUCCGAAAUCUGGAGGGGAAAAUUACUGAAAUGGAGGCACAACAGUGUAACGGUAUUUAUAUCUGGAAGAUUGAGAACUUCAGUGGACUUCAGAAAGCCCAGGAAGAAGAGCGACCUGUUGUGAUGCACAGUCCUGGCUUCUAUACUGGAAAACCUGGCUACAAGCUGUGCUUGCGCCUACACAUCCAGUUACCGAGUGCUCAGCGCUGCGCUAACUUUAUAUCUCUGUUUGUCCACACUAUGCAAGGAGAAUAUGACAGCCACCUACCCUGGCCUUUCCAAGGCACGAUACGGCUUUCUAUUUUGGAUCAGUCAGAAGGACCCGAGAGGCAAAAUCACGAGGAAGUCAUGGAAGCCAAGCCAGAGUUGCUGGCCUUCCAGAGACCAACAAUUCACCGCAAUCCAAAAGGUUUUGGUUAUGUGACUUUCAUGCACCUGCAAACCCUGAAGCAGAGAACCUUUGUGAAGGAUGAUACCCUCCUGGUGCGCUGCGAGGUCCUAACGCGGCUGGACUUUAACAGUCUCCGCAGAGAGGGGUUUCAAGCUCGCAGUACUGAUGGGGCUGCCUAACCUUAAAGCCUUAAAUGGAGGAAUGGAGCCGCUCACCAUGUUCAGGC